GUUGAAGUUCAAUUUUGCUGUCACAAGGGCGAGACUACAAAGGCACGGAAUGUAUAUAAAAGGACCGUGGUUCCCCUGGAUCCUGUAGCCAUGCUCUCCAUUCUGCAUCCUCAUCUCCAGCUCCAGUCUCUUCAUCCUACAUCACCUACUUAUCCAAGGCACCCAAGCCAUUAACACCAUGCAGCUCUCCCACGUUCUUACCCUUGCCUUUGCGACCGCCGCCCUGGCCAAGGUCUACAACGACAACAGCCCGAUCUCCGACUCGGUGCCGGGCCCCUCCAGUGCCGUUGUCAUGCAAGCCGACGUCUUCGGGACCGCAGUCGGUAUCGCGAGCGCUAAGCUCCGUGCCAAGACCCUGGAAGCCCGUGCAUCCACCAUUGUGGUAUGCGAGGACAUGAAUGGUGGUGGCUCUUGCUUAACCAUCACCGGGAUUGAGAACGGCGUCUGCUACAACAUCAACGGUAUAUGGAACGAUUCCAUCUCGUCUACCGACACUCAUGGCGCCACUUGUACCGUGUUUGAGAACCAGGGCUGUAGCGGCGACCAGUCGACCGCUAAUGGCAAAGUGAACUGGGGGCACAUGAAUGAUAUAAUUAGCUCGUUCAGGUGCUUUCAGUAG